UUUAGCCAAAACCAGCUGUGCGGCAACUCGUUUGGGUUAACGAACUAGUUUGGGCCGUUUUGCUGCACUUGCGAAUUCUCAUUUUUGAUAGUGCACCACAACGCGAGUACAUAUAUACAACCAGGGGUUCGGGGAGGAGCGGGAGGUGGUGGUGCGAUAGGAGAGGUGCCGAAAGCGGCGACGACUACUACUUAUACCAACGUACGUACACCGAGACACGUCGCUACGUCGCGCUUCGUCACUCGACUCGCCCUGCAGUCUCUCCCACAAUUUUCUGGGCGCUUUCCUGCAGUCGUCCCACGAACGUUGCCGCAAUUGGUCGUGAAGAAUCGGUUGGCGAAUGAAAUGACUGCCACGCCCCGCGUCCACUCUCGUCCCCUGGGAAAAACGCUGGCAUAUUGAACUGUGUGACUAGCCUAAGUUGUAAAAUCAAAUACCUAAAGGCCCAGCAAGUCGAGAGAAAUCUGAAAAUAGUGACAAGUUACUGGUGACAGAAGUAGUGCUCGAAUUUGUGAGAAAAACUGUGAGAAAACUAGAACCACAAAAUGCUGAAGCUCUUUAAAAAACCCAAAGACAAAAUACCCAAAUCGGAGAUCAUAACCGAGCCCAAGGAACCCAAAACACCGCCGGUCUCCAAGUGCGGCAAGCCACUGCAGUUGGACAACUCGCGAUGGGAGCGCCGCCUACACAAAGAGCUGAUGUCCCUGAUCAAGGAGCCGCCACCAGGCGUAACCAUCGACACCGAGAGCGUACAGCAAAAUUUAUCCGAAUGGAAAAUAAACAUUAAAGGUUUCGAGGGCACACUUUACGAGGGCGAGGACUUCCAGCUACUUUUCAAAUUCAACAAUAAAUAUCCCUUCGAUUCGCCAGAGGUGACCUUCAUCGGCACCAAUAUACCUGUGCAUCCGCAUGUCUACAGCAACGGACACAUCUGCCUAUCCAUUCUGACCGAGGACUGGUCGCCGGCGCUGUCCGUGCAGUCCGUGUGCCUUAGCAUAGCCUCCAUGUUGAGUAGUUGCCGCGAAAAGAAACGUCCGCCGGACAACACGAUCUACGUUAAAACCUGUAAUAAGAAUCCUAAAAAGACUAAGUGGUGGUACCACGAUGAUUCUGUUUAGUUCGAUGUGCCAUUUACGAAUACUGCCUGCUGAUGUUUGCUUUGCGCAUCCACCCAAAAAAAAAACAAAAAAUAACACCAUUAGCAAUAGAGAAGAAUAGCACGGCGAGAAUUCCCCAGAAGUCUAAGAAAUAUGGGACGGCGACCAAGCACUGCUCGUGAGUGGAGCAUACUAAAACCCAAGUGCACUCGGCUGCGAGCGCCAUGUGCAACAAAGCAAAUUAAGUUAACGUGAAACUUAUGAGUAGUGUUUGGCAAACAAUCGUGGCGCAUGCAACCAAUUCUAAUUAUAGCUAUGUAUAGUCAACAAAAGGCGUGUGCGAAAAACUAUUAUUAAAUGUUAACAUUUUAAUUAGAUUGUUAAGACCGAAAUUUACGUCUAAAUUAAAUGUUAUGCUACCAUUUAA